AUGUUAGAGGCAGGUCCCCCUUCAUGUCACUGUACAUGUAUGUUUGGUGCUCCUUAUGGUUAAGAAAUCUGCUGAACCCAAAAAUUGUAACUGCAAAUGGGUUUGCAGAUUAGAUGUCUCAUGUGAUCAAAGUCGGGAUGGCCCAAACUGGUAAAACUAUGUCAUAUUUAUGAAUGAAUAAAAAACAUCAGAGAUGCCCUCAAGAGGGCAAAAGAUGAAAGAGGCUUGUCAACUUGGUGGUUUGAGUCAGAAGGCAAACCCUUUACCCUCUAAAGAAGCCAAUUCUGAGUUGGGUUGAGGCUCGAAACCUUAGAUUUCUUCGCCAAAUGAGUUGAAAUUGGGAAGGAAGCUUACAGUUUGAAAAGUUUGGACUCUGCUACUUGGUUUAUUCCGACAGUUAAAGACAGUCUCUGGCAUCUCCAGCCCCUAGAGUCCAUCGCCACCUUGACUUUUCUGUCCCCAACUGUUGUUUGUCUUGGUUCCUCUUGACUAUAAUCCUCCCUGCCAGGCUUGCUCAUGCAAUGCCUGGAGGCCUUGGGUCGGUCAGUGCCAAUAUGGGUUCUUCUCGUUCUGAUGGCUCCGGAAAAGAACGCUUGCGCUGGACACAGGAACUACAUGAUCGGUUUGAAGAGGCUGUUAAUCAGCUUGGUGGUGCCGAUAGAGCAACUCCAAAGGGAAUCUUAAAGGCUAUGGCUGUUCCCGGACUAACCAUUUACCAUGUUAAAAGCCACCUGCAGAAAUACAGAAUAUCAAAGUUUGUACCAGAAUCAUCCAGUAGAGCCAAGUUUGAGAGGAGAAGCAUUUCAGAAAUGUUGCCUAAUUUCAGUACAACUUCGGGUGCUCAGCUUAAGGAAGCAUUACAAAUGCACAUGGAAGUAGAAAGGCGUUUGAGCGAUCAACUUGAGGUUCAGAAGAGCUUGAAGCUGAAAAUCGAAGCCCAGGGAAGAUUUUUUGAGAGAAUUGCAGAAGAACAACGCAACUGGGUGAGCAUCAUGAAACCCACCAACCUCUUCUCCCCCACAUCACUGCCUUCCCUCUGCGAAGAGUCUGAGUCAAAUGCAAAGGAAUCCGAUUCUGAUUCAGAUUCCAACAAGACCGACAUGCAAUAUGAAGGAUUUCAAGCGAAGAAGCCUAGACUAAUGGAUGAUCACAUUUACCCUCCAAGGUUCAAACAUGCAUCACCCAGUUCGGGAUCCCACGAUCCAACCACCAUGCUUCUUCCAAAGGAUAAUGUGAAACUUUCAUAUCCUCCUGCCCAUGAAAUCAGCUUUCCAUGGAGUAUCACUGCCUGCCCAUCGCCUCUAGUCCCUGGGUUUUUAUAGUUUUUGUGUAAUAAGCUCCAAGAUUUUUCUAAAUAAAACCCAUCUAUAUCUAUAGCGCAGCAGUAUAGCACAUUAAUCAUCCUGAUUGCGUGUGGAUGAAUGAUGAUAUGGAUUGUGGAUUGUCCAACAUGCACCAGCCUUGCUGCUCAUUAACAUAUCAUUUUUCAUCCAGGUUCUUGGAACAUGUAUUGCUCUCCUUGUAAUUUUAAAUAAAGAGACAUCAUAUCUUACUGUGUGUUAAAAGGAAAAAAAAAUCUAUCCAUUUUGAUGAA